CUUCCACCACUCGUUCCUUCCCACCACUCGUUCGUCCCAGCCCAAGCUGGGCCACCACAGAAAGCAAGCUCUUGCUUCCAUCCACAGCUCCCUCCUAUGGCCACCGCUCCCCCUUCCUCUCCUGCUCUCCACUGAUCAUCUCAUCUCUUUCUUCUUGGUGCUCCCCCCUGGUUUUUGCUUCUGCCACUCCAUGUCUCAAUCUUCUCCUUUCUUUUCCAUUGCCCGCGCACAUGCUGGAGCAGGAGGGCGAGCUGCGGCUGCCGCUCUCCUGCUCCGUUGCCCUGCCGCUCAGCUGCCACCUACCAUCCACUGCCCGAGGUACUUCCGUCUGGCUAAAGUGUCACCUGCCAAGACACUGAGCUCGCACCUGGUGCUUCCGCGUGCCACACUCUCCUCCUUUGCAAACGCUGACGAUGGCUCCGGUGCAAAACCAGAUGCCUCGGGGGAGCAGAGCGCAGGAUCCGAGCUGUCAGAGAUGGCAAAGGCAUUCCAUAUUUCACCACGGAUGGCCAUGUCAAUCUCUGUGGUGAUUGCAUUUGCAGCUCUCACUGUUCCACUGGUGAUGCGCUCACUGCUCUUCCAUGGGACGACCAAGAUGAAGGUGCUGGCAUAUCUGACCCUCUUGUCAGGAUUCUACAUGGCAUGGAACAUUGGAGCGAAUGAUGUGGCAAAUGCCAUGGGGACGUCGGUAGGGUCUGGUGCUUUGACUCUCCGGCAGGCGGUGCUGACUGCAGCUGUGCUAGAGUUCUCUGGCGCAUUCCUUAUGGGCACCCAUGUCACCAGCACCAUGCAGAAGGGCAUCCUCGUCACAUCUGUCUUCCAAGGAAAUGAUUCUCUGCUCUUUGCUGGAUUGCUGUCCUCCCUCGCUGCUGCUGGUACAUGGUUACAGGUUGCUUCCUCUUAUGGCUGGCCUGUGUCAACUACCCAUUGUAUUGUUGGGGCCAUGGUUGGUUUUGGGCUGGUAUAUGGAGGGGUCAAUGCAGUUUUCUGGAGCUCCUUGGCUAGAGUAUCUUCGUCAUGGCUUAUUUCUCCACUGAUGGGUGCUGCAGUCUCAUUUCUUGUUUACAAGUGCAUACGCAGGUUUGUGUACAGCGCACCAAAUCCAGGUCAAGCUGCAGCUGCUUCUGCACCUAUUGCAGUUUUUACUGGUGUCACUGCAAUCUCGUUUGCCGCUUUCCCUCUCAGCAAGACAUUUUCCAUUGCCGUUCUGCAAGCAUUAGUAUGUGGGGCAAUAGGAGCUGUCUUUGUUAGCAGGGCAAUCAAAAAACAGCUUGGUGACCUACUGUCAUCAGAAGCAGAAAAGAUAGCAACAGCUGACAAUACAGAUGUUCAGCAAGGUGGAUUUGACGUCGCUGGCCCUAGAGGAGCUCAAUUGCAGAUUGUCUACGGCGUAUUUGGCUACAUGCAGGUCCUGUCAGCAUGCUUCAUGUCAUUCGCUCAUGGAGGCAAUGAUGUCUCCAAUGCCAUAGGGCCUCUGGCCGCAGCUUUGUCUAUUCUUCAAGGCGUAGCAAGCAGCGCUGAGAUAGUCAUACCGACUGAAGUCCUUGCUUGGGGUGGUUUUGGAAUUGUCGCAGGGCUUACAAUGUGGGGUUAUAGAGUCAUAGCAACAAUUGGCAAGAAAAUCACCGAAUUAACACCCACAAGGGGGUUCGCAGCAGAGUUUGCUGCCGCUUCUGUGGUCUUGUUUGCAUCUAAGCUUGGGUUGCCAAUAUCUGCUACACAUACACUUGUUGGUGCAGUGAUGGGUGUGGGAUUUGCAAGAGGUCUCAACAGAGUCAGAGCAGAGACUGUGCGUGAAAUUGUGGUCUCCUGGGUGGUCACAAUUCCAGUUGGUGCUUUGCUAUCAGUCUUCUAUACAUUAAUCUUGACCAAGAUUCUGAAAUACUUUAUGUGAGUGCUUUGUGAGAUACAGUUGCUGUUUUGAGAGGUCCAGCCGUUGUCCCUAAAUUUUUUAUGCUGUAAAAAAAUGUGUAACAGUGAAUAGAUGAGCCAGUUCCGGGAGUUUCCAGCAGAGAAAUUGAAAAGAUUUGUCAGAGCAAAUAAUCAUUUUCCUGGCAACAAAGCACAUGAUUAGGAUAAAGGGUUUACGGUAAAUAAUCAUGUUUGAGACUCCCAGCUUCUUCAUCUUUUAUCUCUAAUGUACCACCUAUAUGACUAUAUCUUUAUAUUUUCUACCGGAAGGUGGAAUAUUUUCAAUACCUUGUAGAGAUAUGAUUAAUUGAUCAUACAUAAUGGACACUGGUUAGUCUCACUACCCUUGUAAUUAUGCCAUAUUGAUGAUAUUGCUGUUUCAGCGCCACUAUAAAUGUGAAUCUUUUUCUUUUC